AUGGCUCGUUUAAAGAAGAGAACAACAAGAAGAAAGACUUCUAAAAGACCUACUGUUCGUCGUGGUAGGCGUGUAUAUAAACGACGUGUAUAUAGAAAAAGAAGAAGAUAUUAUAGACGACGCCGGUUGUUAUCACAACCAAAUACUGUUAAAUUGAAGAGUAAGCUUGUUUGCUCAAUAGUAGAGUUUAUUGCUAUUCCUGAGAGAGAUAGUUUACCACAAAUAUUGACUAUGGCUGCUUAUCCUUCUAAUAAUGGAAUUGCUGUACCUGUUCAAGAAGCUGUAUUAGAUUUUAAUAUCCUUGGACAGAAAUUUAUGACUGUGCAGUCUGUAGAUACUGCUAAUAGUAUUUUAAGAACAGAGCAAAUAGCAUUAUCACCACCUAUUUUUGUAGCAUGGAAUCCAUAUUUAGAUCAUAAUGUAAUGGGAAAUCUAUGGGAUUCUUAUUGUGAUAUGUAUGAUUAUUGGAAAUUUAGUGGAGUAAAGGUUAAAUGGAUACCAAAGGUUAAAACGAGUGUUGCUUUACCUUAUAUGCCUAAAAAUCCUGUACAACGUUUAAAUGCAUUUGAUUAUGAUAAAUAUGCUACUGGAUUACCAUAUUAUCCACAAGUAACAUUUAAUAUGCAUGUGUUAUUUGAAAAAGAUAAUUAUUAUUCAAUGGAAUUACCAACUGAUCCAGAAAGUAUGGAUUAUACAUUAACAUGUAAAGAUACUAGAUAUAAAUUAAAGAACUUUGAUUAUGGACCUAAUAAGCCUAAGACUUAUAAAGUAUAUGAUAUGACAAAGCCAUUUAAAUUCUAUGUUAAGCCUUAUUUAGAAGAUAAGGUAGAUGAGAUAACUAAUAAUCAAGAUUCAACUCAGACUGGAAUUACAAUUACAGAUAAAUUAGACCAACAGAUAUCUAAAAGGAAGUUAAUGAGAUAUAUUAAAAUGAAUGGAACCAAGAAGACUUAUCCAGUUGAUAAUCCUACUAAUAAACAAAAGUAUUCUUAUUCUAUACAAGAUGUUGCAUAUUUUGAUCCUAUUCUAUUUGGAUAUUUCUUUACAGCUAAUGGAAUAGAAGUAUCAGAUAAAUUAACAAUUGCUAAAGCUAGUCCACCACAAGGUAAUUCCACAUUAUGGAACGGAUAUUCAUUAUACACCACUCCUAUAAUAAGUGGAAUUGGACGAUUUGAAUUAACCUUUUAUACCAAAUUUAAACAAAUUAAGAACAAAUAUUUGAUUUCUUUUUAUCUAGAGAUAAAAUUGUUUUUAAGAUACUUCUUAUCUCCAUUAUUAUUGUUCAAUCUUAUUAAAAACGAUCCAUAUCAGUACUAUUGUUUGUUAUAUAAAAUAUUAAAUACAGAAGCCGUGAUAGUAUUACCAUUUAAACAACUUCAUCCCUAUUUGAAAAAUCCAUGGACAGAAGAUAUAAAUGAUAGAUGUCCAAUUAUGCUUGUAUGUCAAGAUUGUUUCUGGAGAUGUACUGUUCAAGGAGGAUGUGAAUAUAUUUGUAAUAACAAAUAUUUUGUUAAAGAAAAAACAGGAACAGAUUAA